AGUCAAGGUUCAUAUUUUUGUCCUAUUUUUUGUCCUUCUUUAUAUCAAAUAGUCCAAUGCUGCUUUUUGAGUGAGGACAUGAUUCCUCAUCAGUAAUCACUGAUGCUGCUGAGUUACACUAAUGGCUCUCACCAAGUUGCCGGGUGUGUAAUCCCCACCAGCUAAUGAACAACCAAGUAGGAUUUCUUGUGCAGCGUAUACCUCAUCUCGAUGCCCCAACACAUCCUCUCGAGACCCUGACGCGACUGAGAUGAUUUGUUCUGGCUGAGGGAAGAAAAGCGAGCCAAGACGAGAAGAAGAAAAUAUACGUCGGAUGAUUCCAGUUUGGAUUUGAUUCACGACAUUCAAGUUCUCAUUCAGGGCGAGGAAGUAUAGACAAAGGUGCAACCAUGGACAUCGGUGGUUUGGAGACGGUGGUGGCAAACUCCGCCUACGUGUCCGCCCGCGGCAGCGUGGACGGAACUGCGGCAGCCUCCAUGCGCGACAAGAAGAUGCGCGCCAGGCUGAAACUGCCACACAUCAGAGACUGUGAGCACAUGAAGACGACUGUGGACGCUGUCUUUGAAAGCAUGUCUGUCAAGCAGCCCAUCGGCAAGCGCCUGUUCCAGCAGUUUCUGGAGAGCGACGCGACCCAUAAAAAUGCUGGAGAGCUCUGGAGAGACAUCGAGGACUACACCAUAUGCCAAGAGAAGGACAGGCUGCAGAAGGCCCAGAAAAUAGUCAACAAGUACUAUGAGUCCGCUUCAAAGAAUUUUUGCCGCUUCCUGGAGGAGAAGGCCGUCACGCGAGUCAAAGAAGACUUCAAGAACGUCCACGGUGACCUGUUCAAGGAGAGCGAGAAGCAGCUGCUCAAACAUCUGGAGAAGGAGGCCACAGAUGGCUUCAAGAAUAGCAUGUUCUUCCUGCGUUAUGUUCAGUUCAAAUGGUUGGAGAGCCAGCCUGUUGAUGAGGAGUGGUUCAUGGACUUCAGGGUCUUGGGUAAAGGAGGUUUCGGGGAAGUGUUUGCUUGCCAGGCCAAGGCAACAGGCAAAAUGUAUGCCAACAAGAAACUGGAGAAAAAGAGGCUUAAGAAACGCAAUGGCUACCAGGGAGCAAUUGUGGAGAAGCGCAUCCUUGCAAAAGUUCACAGUCGCUUCAUCGUGUCACUGGCUUACGCUUUCCAGACCAAGACAGACCUCUGCCUGGUUAUGACCAUCAUGAAUGGCGGAGAUCUCAGGUUUCAUAUGUAUAACGUGGAUGAAAAGAAUCCUGGUUUCGAUGAGAAACGAGCAUGUUUCUACACGGCUCAGAUCAUCUGUGGGGUGGAGCAUCUUCACCAGCACAGGAUCGUCUAUAGAGACCUGAAACCAGAGAACGUACUGCUGGACGACACAGGACACGUCCGCCUGUCAGAUUUGGGUCUGGCUGUUGAACUUCCACCAGGAAAAGACAAAACUUCUGGAUAUGCUGGAACUCCUGGUUUCAUGGCUCCGGAGCUGCUCCAGAAGAAGGAGUAUGACUACUCUGUGGACUAUUUUACUCUGGGAGUCACCCUGUAUGAGAUGAUUGCUGCCAAAGGGCCCUUUAGGGUUCGUGGAGAAAAGGUCGAGAAUGAGGAGGUAGCUCGCAGAAUCCUGAAGGACCCAGUUUCAUAUAUUCCCAAAUUCAGCAAAGAAUGCAAAGAUCUUUGUGAAGGCCUGAUGGAGAAGGACCCGGCGAAGCGUCUCGGGUUCAAAAACAAUGAUUGCACGGAGCUCAAGAAUCAGGCCUUCUUCAAAGAGAUUAACUGGGGCCGUCUGGAUGCAGGCCUGCUGCCUCCACCUUUUGUCCCCGAUCCGAAGAUGGUCUACGCCAAAGACAUUGACGACGUGGGCGCCUUCAGCACGAUCAAAGGCGUGGUCAUUGACAACAAGGACACCGAGUUCUACAACGACUUUGCCUCCGGUAACGUCCCGAUCCCCUGGCAGGAGGAGAUGAUUGAGACGGGUGUGUUCGGAGAGAUGAAUGUCUGGGGCGAGGGCGGCAAGCUGCCCAAUGACCUUGACCCAAACUACGUGGAGACCAAGGGUGGUGGGUGUGUGCUGCUUUGAGUUAGAGCAACAGAAGAUGGCAACAGGCCAGAGGAGAGAAUAUCAGUUGACCAGUUGCCGGAUACUCCUUAUCUUCUGUAUCAUCUCAAAUGUGUACCAUAAUCUGUAAUAAAGUGUAUGUAAAAGUGGUAUAAUGAAAACCUAGCCAAACCUUUAGCACAGGCGUGAUCACUCUAUCAUGAACACUGUCGCAUGUAUUAUAUAUAGUUAUGCGUGUACAUAUGUAUAUAUACUGUAUGUAAAUAUACACACAUAUAUAUAGUAUAAAUAUAACAUUUUGUUACUGUAACUGUAAAAAUGGCAGCAUGGUGAAAUAUCACAUUCUUUAAAUAUUAUGUAACAGUAUGAUUUUGACUGCUGUGAUCUUAUUUUCAUUUAGUAAUUGCAGACACAUUGAAUAAAUAAUAAUAAUGGAUUCAUAUAGAAUUUUUUUAUUGUGAAACCAAAGUGUAUUGUCAUUAUAAUAUAUUACUCCUGUCAUAAUAUAUUACUUCCAUAAUUUCACAUAGAACGAAUAAUCUUUAAGUUAUGACUGUCGCAAACAUUACAUAGAUGAGUUGAAAGCAAAUUAAUAAAAUCUUGCAUAGC